AUGAAUAUCGAUAACGUCGAAUUAUACUUACGUGAAAAUCAUCACCAUCGUAUAUUAUUAAAUUAUCGUACCGUCAAGAAAUUUUAUCUUCGUGUUGCACUAGUCCAGUUAGAUAUUCGUUUUCUUAAGUCUUGUCGAACCAAAGAUAUAAUACCAAAAUUCUUAUGGUUCAAGACUGCUAACCGGAAUCUAGCUGCAUCACCAGCAUAUAAAAAUAGUCAACGUCGUUUACUAAAUGCUGAAAUCAAUUACAAAUACAAGCAUCUUAAUAAACUGAAGAAGAUGUACCAAUAUUCAGUUACUGUACUGCAACAAUACUGUCCUGGAGAUUUAUUUGAGAGAUUACAGCAAAUUAUCACUCUAAUAUGUUGUCCUCUCAUUAAAACAAAAGAACAAGAUAUUGAAGAAAAACUACACCGUCAUCUUCUACGUACUGCACCAAAACAUACCGUCGACCCAACAGUUGUCACUAAUCAAUCAACACGAAUAUUAUCGAAUGAUGAAAUCGAUUGUCUUGCUAAUGGUCUAGAUUAUGGCUUAGUGCCAAAACGUUUUGAUGAGAUGAAUGCUGUGGGAAAUAUUGAACAAUUUUUCCAUCGCGUUACUGAUAUAUAUCAACAUCAUAAAAAGUUCAUGAAAGACUUGAGAGACAACAAUAAAAUCAUACCGAAUGAUAUUCGUGUUCUCAACACCAAUGAGAUGACUUUGGCAAGUCAUCUUCGUAGUUUAACUGACACUUUCCGACAUCAAGCGGAUCGAUACCGACAAAAACAAUAUCAGAUUCGUGGUGAACAAAAACAAUAUUAUAAACUACUCAAAUUAUUAAAGCAAGACAAUUCAAUAGUUGUUACUCGUCCUGACAAAGGCCGUGGCAUUGUUUUAAUGAACAAAAGCGAUUAUUUAUCCAAAAUGCAUGCGAUCCUUAGUGAUUCAGCCAAGUUCAGUUGUCUCUUUGAUGAUCCUACCAUCACGAGAGAAAGUAGUUUGAUGAGACUUUUAAACAGACUAAAGAACAAUGGUCAUAUUUCACUAGAUUUUUGGAGUAUGGCUAAACCGAUUGGAUCUACUCCUGGACGGCUCUAUGGGUUGCCCAAAAUACAUAAGCAGGACAAGCCUCUUCGUCCUGUUCUCUCCUCCAUCGGAACAUAUAAUUAUGGUCUUGCUAAGGCUCUGAAAAAGAUGUUGUCAAAAAUUAUACGGAAUGAGGCGGUCAUUAAGGAUACGUUUGCUUUUGUUAAUCAAUUAAGAUCAUUACCAAAAUCUGCUUCAAAAUACAAGAUGGUAUCUUUUGAUAUUUCAAGUCUUUAUACCAAUAUACCUCUUAAUGAAACAAUUGAAAUUAUUUUGAAGUAUUUAUAUGAUGAAAAUACACCACGACCAUCUAUGGAUAGAAAAGACUUCAAGAAACUAUUGGAGUUUGCCACGAAAAAUUCUCAUUUCCUCUUCGACGGUAAAAUGUAUGAUCAAAUAGAUGGAGUUUCUAUGGGAUCGCCCUUGGCACCUCUUCUUGCAGAGAUUUUUCUGCAAGACUUUGAAAAGAAACAUCUAGAAUUAUUUGACUUGAUGGGUAUCGGGUAUUGGAAACGAUAUGUGGAUGAUACUUUUGUGUUAAUUGACCCAAAAGCCGACCCAAAGGAUGUUUGUAAUAGAUUGUCACUAUGUCAUCCAUCUAUAAAAUUUACCGUUGAGAAAGAGAAUUUGGAGUCAAAUUCAAUUCCGUUUCUUGAUGCUCUUGUCCAACGACAAGCCGGUAUUGGAUUUCACACAAAAAUUUACCACAAAGACACUUUUUCUGGUUUGAUAACUAAAUGGGAUAGUUUUGUACCAAAGUCGUACAAAUACAGUGCAAUCUCAUCUAUGGCUUAUAGAGCUAUGAAGAUCUGUUCUACACACCAAGCUCUCCAUGAUGAAUUUGAAUUUAUUCGUAAAUUAUCCUUCAAAAAUGGAUAUCCAAUUGCCUUCGUUGAAUCUGUGAUUCGAAGACAACUCAAUUUAGUAUACGAACCACGUGAAAUAAAACCACCAAAACCUGAAACGGAUAUCGUAGUCUUGAGAGUACCAUAUUAUGGAAACCCAAGUCAUAUAUAUGGUAAACGUGUUACGACAGCAGUUGCUGCAAAAUAUCCAUUAAAGCAGGUACGAGUUGUUUAUGAUGUAACAGCCCGAAUUGGUCAUAACUUUACGACCAAAGAUAAAAUACCAACUGAAUUGAGAUCGGGCGUUGUUUACGAGGCAACUUGUCCUGUGUGCAAUGAAAAAUAUAUUGGUGAAACCUGUCGACAUUUGAAAACACGAAUCAAUGAACAUUUGUCAUACCAGAAAAAAGUGAUGCCUCCGUUAACUCAACCACAAAGAACAACAAGUAUUACAACUGCAAAACCUCAAAAAUUAAUUAUUAACAGUACUUUUCAUAUGAUUACCCGGUCGCAAAGUCGAAUGAACCAGCAGUUAUUAAAUCAAAGAAAGUUAUUACCUAAGCUGUCGACAAUACUUACACGGGAAACAAAAACCACGACUGUAUUAAACCACAAUAAAGUACAAAAGAAGGUUAAAAUCACGGAGUCGAAAACCAAGAAUAUUACUACGAUUCAUAAAAAACUUACCGAUGAUGAAAUCGAUGAUAUCUUAACCAACACAACUCUAGUUGAUAAGAAAACUGUUAAUAUUAUACCAAAAUCCGCCAUAUCGAAACAUUCUGCAGCAACUGGACAUCGAUUUAAUAAUGAAGAUUUUGGUAUUUUGCUCGCAGACUACCAUCGCUAUCGUCUUAUAAUUAAAGAAUCACUACUAAUAAUAAAAAGAAAUCCAAAAUUAAACAUCAACGAAAGAUCGAUGCCAUUAUACAUUUACCCCGAUGGACUAUCGAUAGCCCAGAAAAAAGAAACAAACCAACUACCAACUACAAAACAAACCACAAAGGGCAUGUAUAUUACCACUAACUCCCACAUUUCGAAAAUUUUAUUCUCCUUAGUCCUUCACCAACAACAUACUGUUUCUGACCAAACCACAACAACUACCACGAAUCCUAUCCAAAACAAGUAA